AUGACCCCACUUGUUCCAGGCGACAGGCUUGCAUCUAGUGGUCCUACAGGUACUGAACUUUAUGACGGGUGGGACGUGGUUGAUGUUGCACGUGACUUGUGGGUUCUCGUACGGCCUACAUUUCUUUUAGUCAGAUAUGUUUUGGGAGGAGUUUCGAACUGGCUGGAUAUAUUCAUCUCGUGGUUGUUUGGUCCUCACAUGUACCAAGUGGUUGAUGGUCAACUUUCAGGAGAUCAGAACGCCGUCUGCUGUGAUCGUUCCGAGAGAUAUCAGAGGGGCGAAAGAAAACUCGAUGAGGACUUGGGAACUGCUAACUUAAUCGUCUUAGGUUGA